UAACAACGUAUUUUUGCAGCCUACCAUUCUUUUUAAACAUUUUGCUAGAAAUUGAAUAUUUUCCACUCUGUUUUGGAUACGUAAUGCAACAUAUUUUUACUCGUUUACAUAUCUACAACAGCGACAUAACACACGAUCACGCUUGGAACAAACACACCUUGUUUUUUUUAAAUUAGCACACACACACACUUUCAGUUACACUAUGAGUCACCUUCCUGUCUCUUGGCUGAGGUCCCAAGGUUGAAACAAGAUCAGACCAAUACAUCAGCAAACAGUUAACAGCAGGUUUCCUGAUCAUUGGGACCGAAUAAUGAAUGAAGUUAUUGUCGUCCCAGGCCGAGUGCCCUCGAGACAUUUCGUCACGUUAUAAUCAUGCGAGAUCUUAUAACAAGAGAUCUCGCGCCAUCCCUAACCAGUACAAUCCGCCCUUUCCGAGGUGACAGUGUCAGCACUGUCUGUCAGUUGUCAUUUUUGUGUUUGGUGUCACGUUACAAACCAAAAUAUGUUUUGGACAGUAAGAACGCAAACACCGGCUAGCAUAUGUUAGGAGUAGUGGUUUGAAAGAACAGAUUGUUAAAAAAAAAAAAAAAAGUUUGUAUAUUUCACAAUUGCGAACUGCAUAACAAUUGCCAUAAUUUUGAUUCGGCCUGAAUAAAAUAAGUGUCCUUUAUGGCUGUCUCUCACCGCCAGUGUCUGGUGUUCACGUACAUGUCUGUAGCUCGUGCACACACAUAAAAGCAGUCUCAGAGAAGCGACUGACAAUUUGCAGUCAUUGUACGGUUAUGAUAGACUAUACUGUACAUUCAACAUUAGUAGCUAAACUUAGCCACAUCGUUAUCAUUAAUGUGCGCUCCAGUGUUACAGCUUAUGUACACGAAGCAGGAAUGUUACUUUUCAAUGCUGGAGGAACUGGUAAAUACAGUCAGUUUAAGCAACCUAAUCCACGUCUUAAAGGGAGUGUUGCAAUGGUUAGGUGGCUGUCUAGAGGGCACAGACUUUUGAACAUGCUGGAUGAGUUAUAUCUCACCCUCUUCCUGCUCUGAGCAAGUAAGAUACGCUCCAUGUCGCACACACGCGCAUUAGUUUCAAUAGUCAGCUAAUGAUAGCGAUUUGGUAAAGUUUUGCUACUAACUUGAGCUAUCAUUGAAUGAAUAGCGUUUGUGCUGUGUACGUACAAGACCGCUGUGUGUGACAACCAUGAACGCCACUUCUCUAACACAGCAACACAUCCAGCUGCUGAUUGGUUGUCAAGAAGAAUGGUCCACUCAGCUGCAGAGGGUGAGCUCCAUUUGGAAGCAGGAGGAUCUGCAGGAAGUCUGGACCACUCAGGAGGGAGAAUUUUUUCUCGGGCCGGAGGAGACUGAGUUCACAAAGUUUCCACUGACUGGUGUCUCUGUGGAGUCUGAAGACCAUGAAAACAAACCACAUGAGUCCUCACAUUGGUUGUGUCCUUCAGAUGUCCAGCCGCUGAUUGGUCAUCAGAAAGAACAUCCCAGGGGGAUGCCACAGGUGGUGACCUCCACUUUGAAGGAGGAAGGGCCACAGCCUACCCAUGUUAAAGAGGAAGAGGAGGAACUCUGGAUCACUCAGGAGGGUGAGUGUUUUGUAGGGUUGGAGGAGGCUGAUCUCACCAAGCUGCCACUGACUGUUAUCUCUGUGAAAACUGAAGACGAUGAAGACAAACCACCUGAGUCCUCACAGCUUCAUCGCAGUCCAAGUGAGGAGAACAGAGGGGCAGAGCCUCCAAACAGAAGCUCACCACAACACAUGACAACAGAAGCUGAUGGAGACCACUGUGGAGGAUCACAAGCAGACAACCUCUUAGCUCCACUAUCAGAUAGUGACGACACAACGUCACACUCUCCUGAGGAUGAAGACAGGGACGGCAACCAAGAACCUUUGAGUAACGAUACAGACUGGGAAGGUGAUAUGAAUAUAGACACUGAGUUUAAACUCUCUGAAUGCUCUAAAAAGAAAACAGGUAAAAAACAUUGGACCUGCUCAGUUUGUGCAAAAAGAUUUUCUUUUAAGUGCCACUUGACUCAACACAUGGUGACACACACAGAAUUAAAAUCUUUUGCUUGUUCUGUUUGUGGUCAAAGGUUCUCUCGAAAAUCAAAUAUGGCAUCACACAUGAGAACGCACACAGGAGAACAACCUUUUGCUUGUUCUGUUUGUGGUCAAAGAUUCUCUAAUCAGUCAACUAUGGUACGACACCUGAGAACGCACACAGGGGAAAGACCGUUUAGUUGCUCAGUUUGUGAUAAAAGGUUCUCUCGAAAGUCAAAUAUGGCAGCACACAUGAGAACACACACAGGAGAAAAACCUUUUGCUUGUUCUGUUUGUGGUCGAAGAUUCUCUGAUCAAUCUACUAUGAUACGACAUGUGAGAAUGCACACAGGAGAAAAACCGUAUAGUUGCUCAGUUUGUCAUAAAAGAUUCUCUCAAAAGUCUACUGUGGUAUCACACAUGAGAACACACACAGGAGAACAAUCUUAUGUUUGUCGUCAAAAAUGUUCUGAUCAGUCAAGUAUAGUAUCACACAUGAGAACACACACAGGAGAACAAUCCAUUAGUUGCUCAGUUUGUUGUAAAACAUUCACUCGGAAAAGAGAGAUGAUCAGACACAUGAGAACACACACAGGAGAAAAACCUUUUGGUUGUUCUGUUUGUGGUCAAAGAUUCUCUCGAAAGUCAAAUAUGGUAUCACACAUGAAAAUACACACAGGACAAAAAACUUUUUGUUGUGCAGUUUGUGGUGAAAGUUAUACUCACAGACCCAGUUUGACUCGACACUUGCUGAAACACACAGCACAAAAACCCUUUAGUUGCUCAGUUUGUUGCAAAAGAUUCUCUCACAAAGACACGAUGGUCAGACACAUGAGAACACACCCAGGAGAAAAACCUUUUAGUUGCUCAGUUUGUGCUCAAAGAUUCUCUCAAAAGGCGCAUGUGGUAUCACACAUGAGGGUACACACAGGAGAAAAACCCUUUAGUUGCUCAAUUUGUGAUAAAAGAUUCACUCGGAAAGCAGAGAUGGUCAGACACAUGAGAACACACACAGGAGAAAAACCUUUUGGGUGUUCUGUUUGUGGUCAAAGAUUCACUCGAAAGUCAAGUAUGGUCACACACAUGAGUAUACACACAGGACACAAACCGUUUCGUUGCUCAGUUUGUGGUGAAAGUUACUCUUGUAAGAAAAGCUUGACAACACACUUGCAGACACACAACUGAGAAUAAACACUUUACUGGGCAGUUUGUGUUAAAAGAUGAUCAAAUCACACAGAAGCUUCUAGAAAGUGGUUAUCCUCUGUGUAUGUUAUCAGAUUUUCUCAUGGGAUUGUGUGCUGUUCAUAACAGCAGCGACACAACCUUGAUUGGUUGAGGACAACAUGGAGUUUUUCCUUAUAUUGGAUUACAAAAAUGAUAAUGAAAUUGUGUUUGUGUUGUGACAAUGUUCUGUAAUUGUGUUGUACAUUCUCACAGAGCAUAAGUUACUGAGUCUCCACUAACUUAACAAAACACUUAAAUCUGCUUUAAUAGAGCGAUAGGAACAACCCUGUGACAAACAGAAGAUCAUGUGACUAGGUGUCCAUUUUGGGACAAUGACACUAAUUUAUUAAUUUCUUAGUGAAUGUGAAUAAUGACAUGAUGCAUGACUAUAUAGAUGUGUGUUGAAACAAUGUGACGUCAAUGUAAUUAGACCAAAACAACAAAAGGUCACUCCACACCAUGCCCACUUCAAAGGGUAUAAAUGAUUCUGUAGUCAUUUCACAUAAUAUACAUAAUCAAAUAUAUUAAACAAAAUUUUGUACUUGAUUUUGUGCUCUUUGUUGAAGUAGCUUUCAUACAAAGAUAUUUGCGAUAAAGUCUGCUUAUUUUGAUAUGUUUCAUUUUUAUGUCAUUCCAACUCAGUGGAAUUAGUUUUUAAGCACUUAGCCUACUUCCUGCUUCCCAUCAUGCUUUGCUGGACCGCUUUGUAAGUAGUGGUUACUAAUACUGUACGUGUCAUGUAAGUUAUUUAUAUUUUCACGUAGUGUUAGUAGUUGCCCUGUGUGUAUCUUUUUGUUUGCCAUCAUGACAAUGGUUAGCGUUCUGUGUAGUUAUCCUUCUUUCAUUCUGGCUGUGUGGUAAGCUCGCUGGACUUUUGGUCUUGAUGAAUGACUGACCAAGUAAAGAGCUACUUAAUUUAUGGCAGCUGUGCUGCUGCUGAACGCAUCUUCGAAAAUGCAAGAAUGUCACUUUGUAUAGUUUUAGCUUGACCAAUUCCAAUACUAAAGAAUAUAAAGGUUAGUAUCACUCAGUUGUAUAUAUUGUAUGGAUUGGAAUAAAAUAUGUAUCUCUCACUGCCUUGUACUAAUUUAGACAUUACUCUUAUUGAUAUCUGAUAUUUUUGCUUAGGUUUUGGUUAUUUUUGUGUUUUAUAUGAAUCUACACGAACGGGUAAUUUUUAAGGGUAUUAUUUGAUUCAUAUUUACUCACCAUUUAACACUGUUACAUUUAUUUAAUAUUGUCCGCAAUCUGUUGACUCAAAUUUGAGUAGUUACGGUGUAUCUUUUUUUUUUUUUUACUGUUAUAAAAAUGUGAUGUACGGCCUGAGAGAAUCAC